AUGUAUGCGCGCUCCAUCUUCGGCGAGGACGCGCUGGCCAACCUGAGCAUCGAGAAGCCGUUCAACAAGCCGGACGCGCCCGUCACGGGCCACAUCCGCAUCCGCGCCAAGAGCCAGGGCAUGGCGCUCAGCCUGGGCGACAAGAUCAACAUGACGCAGAAGGGCCCGCGCCCCACCAGCGGCGCAUAA